AUGCUCUCUGCCGUCGCCCCCCUCGCGAGCAGCUUUGCGUUGAUAUUCGGAGGCUGCUGUUCGAAUGUAAGUGGUUCGCCGCGCGAUCUCUUGCAUGAGCCUGACAGUGGUCUUUUGAUCACGUUAUUUCAAUUCAUCUUCACUACCCUUUUCAGCCUAGGUAACCAACUCGACAUCAAUGGGAAAUACUUCAUCAAAGAUACACCAGUCCCGAUGCGGAAAUGGGCCUAUAGCGCGUUGUUGUUCUUCACAGUCAACAUGCUGAACAAUUGGGCCUUCGCUUUCAAUAUUUCGGUGCCGGUGCAUAUCGUCCUUCGAAGCUUCGGUAGCGUCACGACGAUGGCGGCUGGAUGGAUACGCGGAAAGAGAUAUACUACCCUUCAAGUGCUGUCGGUUGCUCUACUCUCAGUUGGAGUCGUGAUCUCAGCUUGGGCAGAUGCUUCAUCAAAGGGCAAACCAAUGAGCACAACCUCCAUCGACUUCAAAAGUGCCUCCUUCGAGACCGGCCUCGCAGUGCUUCUCGUAGCCCAACUCCUCUCCGCCUACAUGGGCGUCUACGUGGAAGACAUCUUCGCCCAGCACGGCAAAGACUGGCAAUCGAACCUCUUCUACUCGCAUGCCCUGAGCCUACCACUCUUCCUCCAAUUCUACCCCUCCAUCUACUCUCAAUACGAGCGCCUAGCAGCCUCACCCCCAUUCCCCGUCUCUAUCUCUAUGGCACGGACGCUUCCAGUGGUACUGACAAACUCACUCAUCUCGACGCCCGAAGCUGUCAUCUACCUCACUACAAACGCCGUUACGCAGCUGUUGUGUAUUACUGGAGUGAACAUGCUUAGCGCAAAUACGUCGGCUGUUACGGUGACGAUCGUGCUGAACAUCCGCAAGCUGGUCAGCUUUUUGGUCAGCGUGUGGCUGUUUGGGAACCCGAUGAGCGAUCUAAUGAAGCUGGGGGCGGCAAUUGUGUUUGGUGCUGGGGCGCUGUAUGGGUACGAGACUACCUAUCGGAUUCCGUCGAAGCAGAGGCUGUACAUUGAGCAUUCAAGAUUGUCGAGGCCUGGCAAUAGGAUCAUUAGAGCCUCAGAUUCGAACAAGCGGCCGACCACCCCGAACCCAGAGGCAAUCGCCAAAGAUGAUCUCGAGGUCAUUAACAAGGCUAAGAAAGAGUUCACGACGCCAUCCCAUGGCUCCGAGUGGGAUUACAAGCUCGCCAUUUCUAUAAUCACGAUCCUGGCUUUCGUGACGAGAUUCUGGGGGAUUCAGCACCCCAACCAGGUCGUCUUCGACGAGGUGCACUUUGGAAAGUUCGCCUCGUAUUACCUCCAACGGACCUACUUUUUCGACGUACACCCUCCCUUCGGAAAGCUCCUCUUUGCCUUCGCCGGCUGGCUAGUGGGAUAUGACGGCUCAUUCCUGUUCGACAACAUCGGCGACUCGUACAUCACCAACAAAGUUCCCUAUGUUGCAUACCGGUCGAUGCCCGCACUUAUGGGCGCCCUUACCGUUCCAACUACAUUCAUGAUCAUGUGGGAGUCUGGAUACUCGCUACCAGCCUGCGUCACUGCCGCUGGCCUGCUUCUGUUUGACAAUGCUCACAUUGGCCAAACACGUCUGAUUCUCCUAGAUGCAACCCUCAUCUUCUUCAUGGCUUUGAGCGUGCUCAGCUAUGUCCGAUUCUACAAGUUUAGGCAUAUUCCUUUCACCCGCAAGUGGUGGAAGUGGCUUCUAUUGACUGGAGUCUGCCUGAGCUGCGUCAUCUCUACCAAAUACGUCGGUGUUUUCACAUUCAUUUCCAUUGGAGUACCCGUCUUGUUUGAUCUCUGGGAUCUCCUGGACGUCAAUCGCCGGCAAGGAACAUUGACUUUGAGAGAGUUUACCAAUCACUUCCUGGCUCGUGCCGUUGCCCUUAUCAUUGUCCCCUUUUUCUUGUAUCUCUUCUGGUUCCAGGUCCACUUCACCAUUCUCUCUCGCUCCGGUCCCGGUGACGACUUUAUGAGCCCUGAAUUCCAGGAAACUCUGAGCGAUAACAUCAUGAUGACCCAGGCUGUUCCCAUUGAUUACUACGAUUUUCUUACCCUCCGGCACAAGGAGACCAAAGUCUAUCUUCACAGCCAUCCUGACAAGUAUCCUCUGAGGUACGACGAUGGUCGUAUCUCUAGUCAAGGACAGCAGGUGACCGGCUACCCACACAACGACACCAACAAUCAAUGGCAGAUUAUUCCGGCCAAAGACCUCCCAGGCACAGGCCACCGCGUGAAGAACGGAGAUCUCAUCCGCCUCAAGCACCAAAUUACAGACACCUUUCUAAUGUCUCAUGAUGUUGCAUCUCCCUAUCAUCCAACCAACCAAGAAUUCACGACUAUUGGCGUCGAAGAAGGUAAUGGAGAUCGAUUCAACGACACUCUAUUCGAACUCAAGGUCGAGAAUGGCAAAUUGGGACAGGAAUUCAAGACUAUGUCUUCACAUUUCAAGCUAAUCCACUUCCCUUCUAAGGUUGCUAUGUGGACUCACACUACCCCUCUCCCGGACUGGGCAUAUAAGCAAGCUGAAAUUAACGGUAACAAGAACAUUCAGCAAUCCAGCAACAUCUGGUUCGCCGAGGAGAUCCCAUCACUCGCACCUGGAGUUGAUCGAGCCAAACAUGAGCCCAAGAAGGUCAAGCAUGUGCCAUUCUUGAAGAAAUACUUCGAGCUCCAACGCGCAAUGUUCUUCCACAACAACGCUCUCACCAGCAGCCAUCCAUACUCCAGCUUCCCCGUGGCAUGGCCCUUUCUCCUCCGGGGCGUGUCCUUCUGGACCGACAACGACACGAAGCAGCAAAUCUAUUUCCUCGGUAACCCCAUCGGCUGGUGGUUAGCCAGCAGUCUCCUCGCCGUCUUCGCUGGUAUAAUCGGCGCCGACCAGCUCGCGCUCCGCCGCGGCAUCGACGCUUUAGAUGAGCGCACGCGCUCCCGCCUCUACAACUCGACGGGCUUCUUCUUCCUCACCUGGGCUGCCCAUUACGUCCCAUUCUUCAUCAUGGGCCGGCAGCUGUUCUUGCAUCACUAUCUCCCCGCGCAUCUCGCGUCUGCGCUCGUGACAGGCGCGUUGGUUGAGUUCAUCUUCAACAUCGAGCCCAUGAUCGUCGAUGGCGAGACAAUCACGACGGACGGCAAGAAGGGCAAAAAGGUGGAGAAGCGGAGCAGACCGGUCCGCGAGCGGCUGGGCACGCAGACGCUGUUUGCGAGCUGGGCGGCCACAGCCGUUAUCCUGGCGCUGGUGAUCUGGAGUUUCCUAUUCUUCGCGCCGUUGACGUACGGGAAACCCGGGUUGACGGUGGACCAGGUGGUGGCGCGGAAGUGGCUGGCGUAUGAUUUGCAUUUUGCGAAAUAG